GUUACGCUACUCUUUCAAAUAUUAUUAUAUUCUCAAAAUAACCAAUUUUGAUUUGCUGAAACAAACAACGUAACCCAAAAAAGAAGCGAAGAUGGCAUCCUUUGCUCAAGCACCGCGUGGUGACUCAAAGUCCGGCGAGAAGAUUUUCAAGACCAAGUGUGCUCAGUGCCACACCAUCGAAAAAGCUGCCGGUCACAAACAAGGACCCAAUCUGAACGGUCUGUUCGGAAGGCAAUCGGGUACCGCUCCUGGUUAUUCAUACUCCGCUGCUAACAAGAGCAUGGCUGUGAUUUGGGGGGAGAAUACUUUGUAUGACUACCUUCUCAACCCUAAGAAGUACAUCCCUGGAACAAAAAUGGUUUUCCCUGGAUUGAAGAAGCCACAGGAACGUGCUGAUCUCAUUGCAUAUUUGAAGGAAUCUACGGCUUCCUAAAUGGGUUUACAAAAUUCCCAUUCCAUUUUGCAGCCUUUAGAGAAAUGAUUCUUAUAAUAAAGUAGACAUGCAUGCUCUUUCUACAAUGAGCAUUCCUUCCCUUCCUGCCAAAUUGUUACCCUUGAGAAGAGUUUGCCAUUUCUGGCAAAUCUAAGGCUUUUUCAUUACUUCCUGAAUUUCUUGUGAUUUACCAGCAUGCUAAUUCAUUUUUCUUUUUUUCA